AUGCCAUUGAAUCAGGCCUUUGUCAAGGCGGCUUCACAUCUAACCGGGGAAUGGUGUCGUAACAAUCGCAAGCUGAUCCUGGCCUGCGACAUGGACGAGACACUGCUGACGGAGUCAGAAGACGAGCAGCACUUCAUCCUGCGACCGAAGGUGCUCUACAUGCUGCGCAAUUUGAGGGCCGCGUACGAGCUCUGCCUGGUGACCUACUCAACCCGAGAGCGCACAGAGCAGAUAUUGAAAAUAAAACUUGAUCCACACGGAAAGUUGUUCAACGGACGCGUUCUCUGCCGAGAGGACGUGCUAGCUGGCUUCGAUAACAAGCGAGAAGCCCUAUUCGCGCAUCUUCCACAAAGCAAGACCAGCAAAGGACUAAUAAAGGUGAAGAAGCUCAAGAAUGGUCAGCCCGUGCGACCACCGUGUUGGCCGUACAUUGUCAUGUUGGAUGAUUUUCCCGCCGCCUGGUCCAACUUCUCAUCUUGUAUCCCCAUUCGACCUUUCCUGAUUGGCCCCGGUACGGGAUCCAUUGGUAAAGGAAAGACUUCACCGAAGGUCCUCACUGGUGAGUGUGGGUACGUGCUGAGUCUGUAUCGAUUUUUGAUGAAACUCCACUCUGCGGUGUUCGAGAAGGUGGGAGCGCCGGCCACCAGCACAGCAAUAGUGCCAACGGACAUCAGCUGCUCCCCCGUUGCCGGCAAAUCAGGCAAAAAACUAGUUGGGAAAAAAGACACCGCCGGCAUCACUGCCACGGGAAACCCCACGGCGUUUUCCGCUCUUGUUAGCCUCAAAAAACGCAUAAACUCAGCCCAGAGAUUUCAGAACAUGUGUUACGUAGAUCCUGGACAACUGCUCACAUUCGACGGAGCCCCAUCGGUCGUCAUGACUGCGGUCGAAUCGAAGGCCAAGUCGUCGUUUGGGCCUUCCUUCAUGUCGGUUGAUUGGCAGAGCGAGAAAAAAGCAUUAUCGGAUUUCGCGAGGUAG